UAGCUAACAAGCUAGCUAACAAGCUAGCUAAGUAGCCAGCUAACUUUCAUCUUGUUGCUAGGGUAACCCUUUUUUUCACCCAGGCAUAAAGCAGACAUCUAACGUGAGUGCUUAUUCUAGCUAGCUAACUAGCUAGCUAACUUUCACCUGGUGGCUAAGUGGCACAGCGCCGGACACGGCAUUCCCGCUCCUUGCCUCUUCUGCAUCCGACCAUAAGUCCAGACUCCGGGGGCGGACGCCGUAACUCCGUUAGCCACGCAGAGAAUCAGAAGCACAUGCAGCAUGUCGGACCGUCCACCUGUCUGCAUCCGCACCUGGACCGACUACCGGAAAGUUGCUGUUUCUUAUAAUUUGGCGACAGCCAGUGACUUCCCAAUAGGAACAACGAUGGCAGUCGAGAGGCGCCGAUAUUUGGAGACCAACCACAGCAGGGUUGCCUUCGCUGAAUGGAGAAAGUGCAGGAAUCCACAGCGCUUCUCCUGAUCAAACCUGAAUCAAGUCGUCAGUCAAACCACACCCACUCCAUGUACACUUUCAUCCAAAUGGGCUCGGACGCGUCUGCCAAGGCUAUAAAAGAGUCGACACACAGGUGAGUCAAAGCAUCGCUCAGGUGGGCUUUUUGAUGCCUCAGGCGCUCACGAGACGGCGAGGGACAUUUCAUAAGGUACGGGUGGGUGUUCUCUUCUAUCGCUGUCAAUCAGUCACAGACUAAAUUUGAUGUCAAUUUUUUUUUUCUUUUCCCAGGUUUACCUUAUAUUAUGUUGGCAGAUAUGGAAACGAUGACUUAUGUGACGGAAGUCCGGCUCGCUGGCGGACGGGGAUUCUGGAACGUAGCGGCACCCUCUUCCUGCCCCGAGGUGGACCUGGAGGUAAUUGAGGAAUAUCUACAGGAACAUUCGCUGGAGGUCCAGCCUGCACACGGAUGCACGUCACGUCUAACCGCCGAGAUGCAACAUGCGGACUCCCAUCACGGCACCGGGAUCCCAGGACUAGACAAUAACUGGUGUGGUCAGUAUGCCGAGGAAUGGCACUGCGGCGGGAAUACGGAAUAUGACCCAACCUGGCUGUGUUCCCAUCCGAACCAGUGGAAUAACGGCACAUAUUCCAAAUGCAUUGACUUGGACUCCCAGUGCCAGGAAUACCACGAUGCCGCUUCCCCAUCCUCUUCUAGUGAAAACCGACCCAACAAGGACUUACUUCUUGCUCCGAUGUCAGGUACGAUUUACGAUCACUUUGCAAAAAAAAAUCACCGUAAUUUAUCCGUCGUUAUUUCCUCUUUCGCAGGAAAACGUAAGGAGCGUUUGUUCCAGUUCCUGUUUGAGAUGCUCCAAACCCCGUUGAUGCGAAGCUGCAUCUGGUGGGUCCAGUCCUCCUCGGGCACCUUUCAGUUCUCCUCCCAAAACAAAGAGCACCUGGCGGAGAUAUGGGGGCGCCGUAAGGGGAACCGUAAGACGAUGACGUAUCAGAAAAUGGCGCGGGCGCUGAGGAAUUACUCGCGCACGGGCGAGAUCCAGAAGGUGAAAAGGAAACUGACAUAUCGUUUUGAUGAGAAGACGCUAAGAGGCUUACAAGGAGACUCAAACGCAAUGUAGGAAGCAGGAUGGAGUCACGUGACUGGAAAUGACCUUUCAAAAUAAACUAGUAAAGUUUAUUUUAUAGUGGCAAUUAGUUGCCAUUAGCUGCGAAGAUGUUUUACUGGAUGGCAGACAUGUUUUUUAACCAAUUAUGUUCAAAUUUUUGAAUUUUUUUAACAGAAAAAAAACAAAUACUGAGUAUUUUAGAGACAAAUAAAGUCAGGUACAAAUGUAAAUCUGAUAGGUUGUUGCCAGAUCUACUUUAUAAGUGGAACUUCUUUUAAUCUGAUAUGUUUUGUGUUUGCGUGUGCAGCUUUUGACCCAAUUUUUGUAUUUAAAAUGUUGUCACAAGAUCUAUGUG